AUCAAUGAGACAAAAGUCCAUCCCCAUCCCUCUCUCCCCUCUCUAUUUCGGCCAAGGCACAGCAACCAAGAGCAAGGAAGCUCCUCAUCCUCCUCCCUCCAUUGUUGAAGAGAAAUCAUCAAGGAAGAAUCACCCAAAAAGGAGCUAAAGUGCUAAAAGUGUGAAAUAAUUAAGGUAUUUCAAGUGAUUUCACAAAGUUGGAAAAGUCGCCGGAGUUGUCGCCGGAGUUUCACCGGAGUUCAACUAAGAGGGGUAGAACUUCAUACGCUAGUUCAAGGUUGAAGCUAGGGCUUGCUACUUGCACCUUCUCAAGGGUGAUAUCAAAUCAGGAAGACGUGAAAUGGAGGGCAGGCGAAUGAGGACCAGGAACAAUCCGAGGGGGCAGGCGCCGGUAGCAUCCCAAAGGGGAAGCCGGGCUGCAUCUCGGGGUUCGAGAGGAGGCCGGGGAGGCCGUGGAAGCCGUGGAGGUCAUCAAGCUCAAACUGUGAGUGAUGGCCAUGUGAGCUCGGUGUAUGAAACCAACACCGAGGACUAUGACUCAACAUACGUUCCAGAAACGGAGCAUGAGGAGACCCCGUAUGAUGGGGGCGACACAUACACCGAUGAUGAUGAUGAAGAGAGUGAUGCCAAGUUCGCCCAAAUGGGCGAAUUGCUUGAGUGGUAUCAAAAAGAAAAGCUGAGGAGAGACCUUAGGCGCCAAGCAAGGCGUGGCUCUCGUGGUGGCUCGGGUCAAGGAAGCCGGGGAGCUUCAAGGGCCACUCCCGCGGCGUCACAUGGUGGACGUGAAGGAGGUUUUUGUGUGAGAAUCUCUAAGUACCUCAAGGAGGCUAGGGCCUUGGGGUGUAGGUCCUUUGACGGCACCGGUGACAUUACCGUUGCCGCCGAUUGGAUUAGGAAGGUGAAGGACGCAUCAAGAGACAUGCAAAUCACACCGGACGUGAAGUUGACUGUCGCUUCACGGCUUCUUGAAGGGAUAGCUUCUACGUGGUGGGAGAGCGUGGAAGGGAAGUACCAUGGGGAAAUAACAUGGGCGGAUUUUGAGCUAGAGUUCUAUGCUCAAUACUACUCCGAGUACGAGGUGAAUGUAAAAAGGAGAGAGUAUAAUAACCUGAAACAGAAAGAUGGUGGCACGGUUAAACAGUUGGAACAAGACUUUAGAACCUUGGCUAGGUUCUUGCCAGAGUACGCGGUUGAUGAGAACCGCAUGACGGAGCACUUUUGGGAUGCCUUACUCUUGGACAUCCGUGAUCGGGCUACGUACUCGCGCCACAUGACCUUUAGCGAGGUGGUGGAGCAGGGCCUUCUCGGGGAGGCUCAAUGGAAUGAAAGAAAGGAAAGAGACGCCGAAGAGGCGAAAAAGAGGAAAUGGCAUGGUUCGGGGCUGCCCGAGCAAGCACGGAAAGAUAAACACGGUGGGAGUGGUGGUUCGUUCAAGACACCGGCACCGCCGGCAAAGAAGAACAGGGAUGCUCGGUGGCAUGCAUCCUCCUCACAAAGGACAGGGCCUCCAAAGUGUGCCAAUUGUUCGAAAAAUCAUUUUGGGAAGUGCAAUGCACCCCCAAGGUGUUAUCAAUGU